UUCAAUCAAUACACAUCUGCAGCCCUGGUGCCGGCGUGAAUUUUUUUGCAAAAACGCUGGAAAGAAAAUUGGAUUAAAUCACCGAAAAUUAAGGCAAAACUGAUACUGGCAGCUGUAAUUAGUCAAUUAAACAUUGGGAGCAUCGUGAGAAAAAGUUAUCAACCGAAAACCACUUGAUUCCAAGGCUAGGGACGCAGUUUUCCACUUCGGCGGAAAGAAAAUUUAACAAAAUGGCGUCCUCGCAAGUCUCAAACAAAUCGGGCUCCGGCUGGCCGCGCCGCGGAAGCCAAGGUCAGGCCGAUGCUGCCAACAGCAACAACAACGGAACGCAGAAAUAUGCUCCAAAUCAGGCUCUUACCAUAAAUCGUACUAUUAAUCUCUACCCCCUAACAAAUUACACAUUCGGCACAAAGGAGCCCCUCUUUGAAAAGGAUCCGUCAGUCCCAUCACGAUUCCAACGUAUGCGGGAGGAGUUUGACCGGAUUGGCAUGAGAAGGUCCGUGGAGGGAGUGCUUCUGGUGCACGAGCACGGCUUGCCGCACGUCCUGCUGCUGCAGUUGGGUACCACAUUCUUUAAGCUGCCAGGCGGAGAGCUAAACGCCGGAGAAGAUGAGGUCGAUGGCCUAAAGCGACUACUCACCGAGACGCUGGGUCGUCAGGACGGUGUAAAGCAAGAUUGGAUUGUCGAGGACACCAUUGGCAAUUGGUGGCGGCCGAAUUUUGAGCCACCGCAAUAUCCGUACAUUCCGCCGCACAUCACAAAGCCCAAGGAGCACAAGAGGCUUUUCCUCGUCCAGUUGCACGAAAAGGCACUAUUUGCUGUACCCAAAAAUUAUAAGCUUGUUGCUGCGCCAUUGUUCGAGCUAUACGACAACUCGCAAGGCUAUGGACCGAUCAUCUCAUCACUGCCGCAGGCCCUCUGCAGGUUCAACUUUAUCUAUAUGUAAGAAGACAUCCAGGCCGAGGGACCCAUGAUCCAGCAAUAGUUUAGAAGCAGCAGUAGCAGUGGCACCAUCGAUCGGUCUACUAUAUAUUACAGAUUUCCGCACCUCAGCUCAGCCCCAUAGAUUUCCAUUUCAUGUGUGUGUGUGUAAACGUACAUAAUUGUAUUGCAGAUGAUAAAAUGGAAAGCCAGGCCCAAACCACUUGGCAAGAAUAGAAUCGACAAAAAAGUG